AUGCUUUAUUUGAGCUGGAUAUUUCUUUGGCUUAUCGCAGGAGGGAAAAUUAAAGGAUUUAAUACUUCAGAUUGCUCCACUGGAAAACUUCUUAAGACAUACUCUGCAAGGUGUGGGGAGGAGUUUGUCUUAUUUUGUGAUUUUCCAGAGCCACAGAAAUCCCAUUUCUACCACAGAAGUCAACUCUCACCAACCCAAAGCUCUGAACACCUGCCCUGCAGUGGUAGUAAGAACCUAUCUGAUGUCCAAUGGUACCUACAACCUCAAAACGGAGAUCCGCUAGUAGAAAUUACUCGAAACUAUCCUCACGUCAUCCAGGACAAGAGCACCCUUCAUUUUUUGACCACAGAGAUGAAUAAUGCUGGGUCAUAUAUUUGUAGACCUAGGAUUAGGAGCCCCCAGGAUGAGGCCUGUUGUGUCAAGAUGAUCUUAGAAGUUAAACCCAAGACAAAUAUGUCCUGUGGGAGUUCCAUAUCACAGGAACAACUCCUUCUUCUUGGUAGCAUGGGUUCCAUUUAUUGCCCCGGUCUCAGCCCCCAAAGUGAUACACAAAGUCCAGAGGUGACCUGGUACCAGAAUGGAAAACUACUCUCUGAAAAGAGGAGCAACCCAAUUGAAGUGGAUGAAGUUUAUGACUAUCACCAAGGCACAUACGUGUGUGAUUACACUCAGUCAGAUAACUCAAGCUUAUGGACAGCCAGAGCUGUUGUGCAAGUGAAAACCAUUGUGAAAAACACUAAUCUCAAACCGGAUAUUCUGGAUCCCAUCAAGGACACCCUGGAAGUAGAACUUGGAAAGCCUUUAACUCUUAACUGCACGGCCCGAUUUGGCUUCGAAAUAAACUUUAAGCCUGUGAUAAGAUGGUACGUCAAAGAUUCUGACCAGGAGUGGGAAGUCCCAACACCUGAGGGGAGAAGUGUUAAAUCCACCUUAAAGGAUGAAGUCGUCGAGCGUGUUGUCUUCCUGAAAGAAGUUACUCGGAGUGAUCUUCGCAGGAAGUUCAUUUGCUUUGCCCAGAACUCCAUUGGGAACACUACCCAGUCCAUCCAACUGAAAGAAAAGAAAGGAGUGGUGUUCCUCUACAUCCUCCUCGGCACCGUCAUGGCCCUGGCAGGUGUGCUGACCGCAGGUGCGCUCCUCUACAUGUACUGGAUUGAAAUAGUGCUGCUGUACCGAACCUACCAAAACAAGGAUGAGACCCUCGGGGAUAAAAAGGAGUUCGAUGCUUUCAUAUCCUAUGGGAAAUGGAGCUCUCUUGAGAGUGAGGCCACUUCAUCUCUGAGUGAGGAAAAUUUGGCUCUGAGUCUAUUCCCUGAAGUUUUGGAAAACAAAUAUGGAUACACCUUGUGUUUGCUUGAAAGAGACGUGGCCCCAGGAGGAGUGUAUGCGGAAGACAUUGUGAGCAUUAUUAAGAAAAGUAGAAGAGGAAUAUUUAUCUUGAGCCCCAGCUACGUCAACGGACCCAGUGUCUUUGAACUACAAGCAGCGGUGAACAUUGCCUUGGAGGAUCAAACACUGAAAUUGAUUUUAAUUAAGUUCUCUUCCUUCCAAGAGCCGGAGUCUCUACCUCAUCUAGUGAAAAAAGCUCUCAGGGUUUUGCCCACUGUCACUUGGAGAGGCUUCAAAUCAGUUCCUCCCAAUGCCAGAUUCUGGACCCAAAUACGCUACCACAUGCCUGUGAAAAGCUCCAAAGGAUUCACGUGGAAUCAUCUCAGAAUUAUCCCGAGGAUUUUUCUCUAGAAAAGACUCAGUAAAACAGAAACCACUGGGAGGCGCUCCCAGCCUGAAGGACGGUGAAAUGGGCCCUGAGCUGCCUCCUCCUACACCCCUCCCGUCCUGUCCCUGGUGAGUAGAGACAGACCCUGAUGGAUAGAACACACGGCGUGGAUGAGG